GUAUUUUGGAUAUCAGAACGAAUCUUCGAGUUAGCAGAUUAACUUUUCCCCUCUUUUGCCCUAACUAUUUACUGACCGCAAGCAACACAACAAACACGGGGGAGAAACGGAGGUGUCAAAUUCCAACGCCGUACAACGCACGACGACGGGGAAACGGAUGGCUAUCACUGUCGGGCGGUGAGGGAGGGAGCGUUACAAGUACAGUCGUCAGUCACUCCAUUUCGAGUCCGGUUUCCUUUUCUCCCCGUUUUGUCCGGCUCUCUGGUGCCGCCGACGCCGAGUUCAUAUUGAGCUGCGAGAAUGGCCCACGGCGGCUAUGGCAAGCGCAGGGUUGCUGGCCGCCAGCCUUCCGUCGGCCGUCGGUCGAAAACAAUCGACAAAAAAGGCAAGUCGAAGUCCGUCUCCCUCAAGAAUCAGAUUCGUUCCGUGGAGCGCAUGCUCCGUAAGCAAUUGACGCCGGAGGUCAGGGAGGCGCAAGAGAAGAAGUUGGAAGGGCUGAAGAAUCAGCAGGAUCUCCACAAUCGAUUGGCUCUUGAGCGCAAAAUAUUCUUGCGAGACAGGAAGAUCAAGUUCUUUGAGAGGAGAAAGGUUGAAAGAAGAAUCAGACGCUUGGAGAGGCAGCAGCGAGCUUCUUCCGGCCAGGCACAAGAUCCCCAGGCUGCUGAGCAGCUUUCUAAGUUGAAAGAAGAUCUUGAAUACGUUAGAUUCUUCCCCAAGACCGAGAAAUAUGUGUCUUUGUUUUCUGGAGGUGAUGAUUCAGAGGUCAUUGACAAGAGAAAUGGGUUGCGGAAGCAGAUUAAAGCCAACCUAAUCGCUGCUGCAGCCAGUGGGAAAGACCUUGAAGAGACUGGAAGUGAGGAUGAUGGGUUGUUGGAUCUCAGCGAGGACGAUUUCUUCCUAGCUGGAAGCUCAAGUGACGAAGCAGAUGCAGAUGAUGAGUGGACAGACAAAAGCACGAGAGAACAGGCUUCGAGUACUUCUGGUAAAGCUGCAUCUGGUAUGUCAAGCGAUGAAAAGAAUCAGAGGGAUAUAUCUGCUAGAGCUCUGAUGCCUCCUCCUAGGCCUUCACGCAAUUCCGCAGGUGGUUCCAACACAGUCCAUGGGAGAUCGAGGUUUGGAGCAUCAUCAAGUAAAGAUUCGUGGAGACAGAGGGCUGAAAUAUCUACUACAUCCAGUAACACUUCAAGCAGCAGCAGAAGUGGGCCGUCUUCUUUGAAACCCAGUGGCGGUGGAGGCUCUUCAAAUGGAAGGACUGGAAAUGGCACUGGCCAGAGCAGUAAUGUUAGUUCUGGCUCUGAUGCUCAUAAGCCACGCAGGAAGAGGAAGAGAAGAAAGAAGAAGCAACAGUCUGCUCUGCUCACUGCCUUGACCCUUUCCUCGUCGUCGUAG